CGCACGCACGCACGCACGCACGUACGUACGCACACACAUAUUAAAAUUGCUUGUGUAUACAUGUAUAUACACAGGGUAGCUCUCUCUAACACUUUUAUCGUAUUUUGUUUACCGUAUUUAAUAACAUUCUUCGAUGAGAUUGGAACGAAGAUGAAUUGUCUUUUUCUCGGCUGUUUAAGAAAUAUGCGAAAAAUUAAAAAAAAAAAGGAUAUAUGAAUGUGUGUACUUAUAAAUGAAAGUUACCUCGUGCUCCUUAAUUCAGGAGUUACGCCAAAUACAUAUCAUUCCUUGUGGAACAAAACAAACUUUAGGUGUAAUAAAUUAAGUGUAUAUUAAAUUAUAUAUUAUAUAUUGUAUGUAUUGUAUGUAGAUAUGAAAAACACAAGAGAAAAAGAGAAAAUAUAUGACCAUAUAUAACUAUAUUCAGACAUAUAAUAUGUAUAGUGUGUAUGUAUAAUGUAUAUAUAUUAUAUUAUAAUAUGUAUGCGUAUGAUUACACACACACACACAUAUAUCUAUGUCAUAAUUACGAUUGUUCUGUUAAAUAUUGAAGAGUAUAUUUUUUUCUCAUAUAUCCUUCCUUUUCCAUCGUUCUUUGUAUCGUGUAAAAAAAAAAAGAUUAUAUUUGAAUUAACUAAAUUGUUCCUAUAAUCUCUUAUUCGUGCGUAUAUUAGUGCGAGGAUUCGCCAAAGUUCGCGCGUUGAGUGGUGGAAGUUAUCACGCGUUAGAUUACGAACGUACGAAGCCAUCUAACUAAAAGCCGAGUUUGACGCGUGCUCGAUAUUAUUGACGGACGCGAUAUAACCUAGCUCUUUGGACGCGAUUCAGCAGAUCAGCUGAAAUUCAGCUGACGCCUGACAGCUGAUUCGCAGUGCGGUAUAUAACCUUACAAAAAGGUUGAAGGUGCUAUAAAUGCUAUAAUCCACCGGCCAGUGAAGUAAAACGAAAAAAAAGAAAGAUUCAACUCAUUUAGACGCGAUUGUGUCGCCAGGAGUGUCGGUAUCAAUCAGUAUCAGCGAAUAAUUAGCGGGUAGUCGGCAGUGAUCAGUACUUAAUAGCCAAGAUAAGCCAUGUCGAGUGUCGACGAGUAUUACAUUGAGAUUUUGAGACUUGUGAAACAAGCCGGUUCGAUUAUCAGAGAAAGAAUUUAUCAGCACAAAGAUGUACAUACAAAAUCAUGCGACGUUGACUUGGUUACGGAAUGGGAUCAAAAGGUAGAAAAGCUUUUAAUCGGCGGAAUAUCAUCCAAGUAUCCCGACCACAGGUUUAUCGGCGAAGAAAGCACUGCCUCGGGAGAAAAAGUAGAAUUAACGGAUGCUCCAACGUGGAUAAUCGAUCCUAUCGACGGCACGAUGAAUUUCGUUCACGGUUUACCGCACACGUGCGUCUCGGUUGCGCUGCUUAUUAAUAAAAUAGCAGAAAUAGGAAUAGUGUAUAAUCCGAUCUUGGAACAACUUUUCACCGCUCGCAAAGGUCAGGGCGCUUUUCUCAAUGGCGCCCCGAUUCACGUAUCCAACGAAAAGGAAUUGCAUAAGGCACUGGUAAUGAUGGAAAUGGGAACUAGUAGAAAUCCAGAAAAAUUGAAAAUAGUCUUGAAAAAUAUAACGCUUCUCAUAACACAUGUUCACGGAAUACGAUCCCUUGGUUCGGCAGCUCUGAAUAUGUGCAUGGUGGCUCUUGGUGGUGCUGACGUUUCUUUUGAAUUUGGUAUACAUGCAUGGGAUAUUGCAGCCGGAGAUCUUAUUGUUCGAGAAGCCGGCGGUGUAUCGAUAGAUCCAGCUGGAGGUCCAUUUGACGUGAUGAGCAGAAGAACAUUGUGCGCUUCAUCGAAGGAGUUAGCUCAACAACUUUCCAAAAUAUUAAUCCAGUAUUAUCCAGAGCGAGAUUAAGCGAGCUCGAAAGUUUCAUAUGGAAGAUGAAGAAAAAUUAUGAUUUUUUCAUGGAUAUCGCAUUAAGCCAUUAAAAAUAAUGCAAAUAUUAUUGCCUAAAAGAAAAAAAAAUGCAAAUUCAAAAUUCAAAUCAGACUAUAGAAAGUAUUGUUGAGUAAUUGUUAUCCAGAAAAUAUCAAUGAAAUUAUCUAAAUAAAAUAUUUGUAUGGUUAAGAAAUAAAUUGACAAGUUAUUCACUUAUGACAUAAAAUCAACUGUAUACACAUUAUUUUUAAGUCUCAAUGAGACUUAAAAAUGAUAUUAUUGUUCGCAUUUUGUGAUAUAGCGCGCGCACGCGUAUGUGUGUAUGCGUAUAACAUAUGUAAUCAUGUUAUAAUUUUUAAGAAAAAGUUCAGAAGAAAAUAUAUUAAUAUAUGAUAAAAUCAUUGUUAAUUUUUUAUAUUUUGAACAUUUUUUUUGCAAUAAAUUGGUAUAUACACAUUAUGUAUUUUACGCCAUGAGUUUUGCAUCCGAACAAAGAUGUUCUAAAAUCGAGGGAAAAACAAUUUUAUUAUGAAAAUAUACUUAUUACAUGAAA